AUGGGCCGUCAAGGGAAGAAGCAAGAACAACUAUCGGAAGGAUACACAGAGAUAGUCGAGAGAAACCGUUCUGGCGACUUCAUUUUGGACUUGCCGAGCAAUGCGGCAGAGGAUGCCAUCUCCUUCCCACAAAUCACAGUGAAACUGGAGUCGACCAUUGCAGAGGGUAGCAACCAAACAACUUCUCACAGCUUGAUCGAAGGAGGGUCAUCGAACAACUGGCGGAAUGAAUUUGCUGACGACCUUACCAACACCCCAGUCGUUACUAUCGAACAGACUACCUAUCGAGAUGUGAAGGGUCAUAUCUUCGGUCAGAGCAACAAAGACACUGGAACACUGUUUGGAUUUCGUUGA